UUCGUCAUUCAAAAUCAAGAGCUGCUAUCCGACCCGUAUUGUUGUGGAAAAAAAAAAAUGGUGAGAGGAAAAAAAAAAAAGGUAUAAGGAUUGACAUUGGAGAAGAGGAAGAGAAACAGUGCAGAGAGUGUAGAGGGAGUGAAAGGAGAAGCGAUAAAUCACAGAUCUAACCAACAACACAACAACUGCAGUUUUUUUCAGAUAUCAACCUCCUCCGAUUUUGGAGCUCUGGUGGUUCUGAUUGCUUCUGUUUCAUGAGAUUAAGGCCCCAUGGCAAGCCAUCCUGGAAAUCAUGCUCCUUCAAAUGGGUCUGUCUAUGUAUGCAACUUGCCCUAUGGGACUGACGAUAACAUGCUGGCUGAAUAUUUCGGUACCAUCGGAUUAAUAAAGAAAGAUAAACGUACAGGGAGACCAAAAAUAUGGUUAUAUCGAGACAAAGAAACUAAUGAACCAAAAGGAGAUGCUACUGUAACAUAUGAGGAUCCGCAUGCUGCUGUAGCUGCUGUUGAAUGGUUUAACAACAAAGAUUUUCAUGGCAAUACAAUUGGAGUUUUUAUAGCAGAGUCAAAAAACAAGGAUGACCAAGCAUAUAAUGCAGCAGUUGAACCGGGAGUUACUGAUAAUGUUGGUGGACUAGAGGAAACUACCAAGGAUGUUAAUGGUGGUAGUGGAAGAGGUAGAGGUCAAAAUGAUACUUCAGGCAAAGCAUGGCAACAAGAUGGUGAUUGGUUGUGUCUGAAUACAAGUUGCUCCAAUGUGAACUUUGCUUUUCGUGGUGCUUGUAAUCGCUGUGGAACUGCUCGUCCUGCUGGUGCUUCUGGAAUUUCAGGGGCUGGUGGCCGUGGCAAGGGACGUGCUGCACAAGAAUCAGGGGGUAUUGGCCGGCCAGCUGGUGGAGGACUCUUUGGUCCCAAUGAUUGGCCUUGUCCAAUGUGUGGGAAUAUCAAUUGGGCAAAGCGGACUAAAUGCAAUAUCUGCAACACAAAUAAGCCUGGGCAUAAUGAGGGUGGUGUAAGAGGAGGACGAGGUGGAGGUUACAAAGAGCUUGAUGAAGAGGAAAUAGAAGAAACUAGACGUCGUAGGAGGGAAGCUGAAGAUGAUGGGGAGUUGUAUGAUGAAUUUGGAAAUCUAAAGAAAAAAUUCCGUGCCAAAACACAGCAAGCUGAAGCUGCACGUGGGCUUCCUGGUUCAGGGCGUGCUGGUUGGGAGGUUGAGGAACUAGGGAUAGAUAGGGAUGCUAGAGAAAGUAGAGACAGAGGAAGGGAGCGCAAUGAUGGGGAGAGCAGGAACAGAGAGCGAAGCGAAAAAGAGAGGCCUAGCAGUUGGAAUAGGGAGAGGGGAAGAGAUCGAGAUUGGGAUUAUGUUGAUCGAGAUAGAGAUUAUGGGAGAGAUCGGGACCGAAGUAGACACCGUUACUAAAAUUAGCAGCAAGAGUGCAUUCUGAUGUGUUGACUACCAUGCUGUGUGGGCCUUUUGUAGAAGAAUUUCAAUUGCUUUGAAUUCAAUCCGUAAGUUUGGGGGAUCAACUUCCUGCAAUCUGAUCAUGGACCUUUUGUACAACCUAUGGUAUUUAUGUUUUUUCUAUUCACAAAGACAAGUUUUUGUUUGAGAACGUCACAAUAGUUUGAACUAUUAGUUGUCGUCAGCUAAUUUCUUGUGUUGCUUGAAUGGAGUAAUUACUAGAGCGCGAAUGAUAGUAUUACAAGACGAUGAUGAUCUUGAAGGCUGACAAUUUUUCCUGUUGCAAUUUGCUAAUUAGUGUUUGUUGCUUGUUCGAGUUUUGAUCGUCAUUUGACUUGUUACUCGGUCAUAGAUGCUUUGGGCGAACUAGUAUUACAAGAAUACAGUGACAUAACUUGUUGGAGGUAAAGACGCCAGAGAGCAAUCAGCAUGCAGAACAUGAAUUAACCCAUUCGGGGUUGAGAACACUUGUGUAAGUUUAUUAAAUGAUAAAUUUGUCCUAUUUGAGACACUUUAUUGUAAACUAAUCUUAAAAAAAUCGUAAAUAUUAUAUUAGACCCUUUUUAGUCUUCUAA